CUCUCUCUUGUUUUGUCCACUGGGGAACGUCUCAGCCAGGAUCUUCUCUACGCCAGUGAAUGAAGAUCUUCACACCCAAAAAACUCUUUUGAGGAAAAGGUUUAUUUGGGAAGGAGGAGUCCAGGAGAGUAGCUGCCUCUACCAGAAUGGAGUGAAUAGACUUUUUUUCUAACUGACUAGGCUGAGCAGUUUACACAGGAAGUCUUGGGGGUGGAGUCAACCCCGGGCCCAGGGUUCAGCUAUCCUGCUCUGUGAUUGGUUGGUUUCACAAGUCAGUUGGCCAGGGGAAGAGAUCUGAUGUCUCUGAUCUGACUGAGCCAAACUGUGUUUCUUUCUGCCCUGAUCUGAGCGUCUUUCCCUAGUUCUGGGCUCCAGGGUCAGGGUGGGUUUCUUUAGCCAGUCCCUUUUCCCUACAGCAAGGCCUCCCAGCCACCUCGCUUGGGUUAGAGCACAGCAUAGUCAUGAGGUCCCUGUAAGGUGGGCAGGAGCCCUGAGGGCUGACAGCCCCCAACACCCUUAGUGGCAGGAUUAGGCCCCAGGUCUUGCCAAACAGAGGCCAGGGCCACGAGGGCAGGUGGAGGAAGAAGUUGAGGCUUUCAUUUGCAAUGCCGUUGGCCUGGUUAAACUUUGAAGAAAUGAUUAGUAAACCUUCUUCUAUUAAAUGACUCCUAGUCACACUUUAAUUCUAGUCAGAGUGACUUCUCUCUCCCUCCUCCUUGCUUCCCGAGCCUGGUUUUUGCUUCUCGUUUUUCUCUUUCCGGGAGCCAGGGUCCACUGUGUCUCUGAGAGGACCCUGAGGCCUCCAGAUUACAGCAGAGGGUUCCAGGUCUGAGGGUGAGCCACCCCUAAAAGCAGCCAGCAGGCAGAUACCAAGGAGCCUUGGUCGGCUCUGACUGGGUGGCACAGUGUCCUGACGUGCACCCGGGAAGAUGGGCGUGGGCAGAGCUGUAGGGGAAGGAGGCUCAUCAGACUGACCCGGGGGUCCCGGGCCAGCUUCUGUUAUCUGGCAGUUGCAUGGUGAUACCCAGGAGAAAUCCAUGGAAUUUUCUGAACUCCUGGACCGAGUAGGGGGCCUGGGCAGGUUCCAGGUCCUCCAAACCGUGGCUCUGGUGACCCCCAUUUUGUGGGUCACCAGCCAGAACAUGCUGGAGAACUUCUCAGCUGCUGUGCCCCGCCACCGCUGUUGGGUACCCCUUCUGGACAACAGUACUGCCCAGGCAAGUGUCCCUGGGGACUUGGGGCCCGAUGACCUUCUGACCGUCUCCAUCCCACCUGGGCCUGCUCAGCAACCCCACCAGUGCCUCCGCUUCCGUCAACCUCAGUGGCAGCUUAUGAAGACCAACGCCACGGCCACCAACUGGAGUGAGGCCGACACUGAGCCAUGUGAGGACGGCUGGGUCUAUGACCGCAGCGUCUUCACGUCCACGAUCGUGACCACAUGGGACCUGGUGUGUGAUUCCCAGGCCAUGAGACCCAUGGCCCAGUCCGUCUACCUGGCUGGAAUCCUGGUAGGAGCCGCAGUGUGUGGCCAUACCUCAGACAGGUUUGGGCGCAGGAGGGUGCUGACUUGGAGCUAUCUUCAGGUGGCUGUAUCGGGCAUAACAGCUGCCUUCAUCCCCUUCUUCCCCCUCUACUGCCUGCUCCGUUUCCUGGUGGCCUCUGCAGUGGCGGGUGUCAUGAUGAACACAGUCAGUCUCUUGAUGGAGUGGACAUCAGCCCGGGGCCGCACCUUGAUGAUGACCUUGAACUCCGUGGGCUUCAGCUUUGGCCAUGUCCUGACAGGCUCUAUGGCCUAUGGUGUGCGCAGCUGGAGGAUGCUGCAGCUGGCUGUCUCCGUGCCCUUCUUCCUCUACUUUGUAUCUUCAUGGUGGCUUCCAGAAUCAGCACGCUGGCUCCUCACGGUGGGCAAGCUGGAGCAGGGCCUGCAGGAGCUACAGAAGGUAGCUGCUAUCAACGGGAAGAAGGCAGAGGGAGACACAUUGACCAUGGAGGUCUUGCGGUCAGCCACGAAGGAGGAGCGAAAUGAGGACCAAACCCGCGCCACGAUAGGCACCCUACUCCACACACCUGGGCUGCGCCUUCGAACCUUCGUCUCCAUGAUGUGCUGGUUUGCCUUCGGCUUCACCUUCUACGGCCUGGCCCUCAACCUGCAGGCCUUGGGGAGCAACAUCUUCCUGCUCCAAGUGCUCGUCGGGGUUGUGGACCUCCCGGUGAAGAUAGGCAGCCUGCUGCUGCUCAACUACCUGGGCCGACGUCUCUGCCAGGCCAGCUCCCUGGUGCUGCCAGGACUCUGCAUCCUGGCCAACAUACUGGUGCCCCACGAGAUGGAGGUCCUCCGCUCGUCCUUGGCUGUGCUGGGGCUGGGGUCACUGGGCUCCGCCUUCACCUGUGUUACCAUCUUCAGCAGUGAACUCUUCCCCACUGUGCUCAGGAUGACAGCUGUGGGCCUGGGCCAGGUGGCAGCCCGAGGGGGAGCCAUCCUGGGGCCUCUGGUGCCGCUGCUAGGCGUCUAUGGCUCCUGGCUGCCCCUGCUGGUGUAUGGAGUGGUGUCAGUGCUAAGUGGCCUGGCUGCACUGCUCCUGCCUGAGACCAAGAACUUACCACUGCCCGACACCAUUCAAGACAUCCAAAAACAGUCAGUGAAGAAGGUGACACAGGACAGAGCAGGCCAGUCCACCCUGAUGUCUACAUGGCUGUAGCCUCCUGAGAGUCUAUGACAGGACUGGAGGAGGAGGACCAUGACGACCAAGACAAGAGGAGGGGACAGACAGGGAGAGAGGAAGGAAAGGGUGGAGCUGGCGAUGGCGGGUAAGGGCGCCCGCCUCCAGGCCUGAGCCUAGGACCUCCAUUCCCGGGACGCACAGUGGUGGGAGAGAGCUGACUGCGCAAAGCUGUCUUCUGACCUCCACAUGGACAGUUAUCCCUCCCCCGGUGAUACACACAAAUAA